AUUGUCAAGCACCUUGAUGAGUAUGUAAUCGGACAAGCCAGGGCAAAGAAAAUUCUCGCAGUCGCAGUUUACAACCACUACAACCGUGUACGCGCCAAUUUAUCGCUCGAACCACCACACGAAGAUACUCAUGGUGUAUCUGCAGACCAAGAGGACCGAAAUCAAAGACGUUCGUGGAUUAAUCCCCCUUCUGAAGCACCCCAUAAACCAAAUACAGACAAACCAUUAGCUACCCCGGCUAUACCAGAAGAGAAGACUGUCUAUGAGAAAAGCAACGUUCUAUUGAUUGGCCCCACUGGGUCAGGAAAGACCUUACUUGCCAAGACACUAGCCGAGAUCCUCAAAGUGCCAUUUUCAAUGUCAGACGCAACUCCUUUUACUCAGGCUGGAUAUGUGGGCGAAGAUGUGGAGUUGGUUAUCCAACGACUAUUACAGUCGUGUGAUUAUAACGUGAAAAAAGCUGAGAUGGGUAUAGUGUUUAUCGAUGAAAUUGACAAAAUUGCAAGGAGAUCCGAUGUCCAUUCAGCUUCCCGAGACGUUUCCGGUGAAGGAGUUCAACAAUCAUUACUGAGAAUGUUGGAAGGCACGACCAUUCAUAUCACAGACAAGUCCAGCGGGGGACAAGGCCAUGGUAGAAGGAAUACAUCAUCUGGGUCUAUGUACGGUCAGGGACCGCCUGGAAAAGGAGAAACAUAUACAGUUGACACUAGCAACAUUCUAUUUAUCCUCAGUGGUGCUUUCAUUGGCCUUGAAAAGACCGUACAAGAUCGAAUGGCUAAAGGGUCGAUUGGAUUUGGUGCUAGUCUUCGAACAAUAGGCAAGGAUAGCUCCCACGCAUUACAGCCUAACCAGCCUGAACCGUUAUCCCUUGUAGAACCAGAAGAUCUAGUAAAAUAUGGAUUGAUUCCAGAAUUUGUCGGCAGAUUACCCGUGGUUGCGUCUGUCAACAGUCUGAAUGUCGAUGAUCUUGUCAAAGUCCUCACAGAGCCUAAGAAUUCACUUGUAGCACAAUACAAGGGGUUGUUUGAGUUGAGCCAGAUUGGCCUAAGAUUUAGUAAGACAGCCUUGAAACGUGUAGCCGAGCAUGCGUUAGAGAAAAAAACCGGUGCUCGUGGACUACGUCGUAUUAUGGAAUCUAUUUUGCUUGAACCCAUGUACGACGCACCUGGAUCAUAUAUUCGACAGGUGGUUGUCGACAGCAAGGUUGUU